GAAAAAACAUAUGUCUCUCUAUAAAAUGAAUCUAACAAGUUGAUCCUCUAAACAGUCAUCUCUCAUUGACAUUGUUUCAAACACCAUGUCUUCUCUUGGAAACCAACUCUUUUUCUUCUUCUUGCUUGUCCUCUCACCCCAAAUUCAAGCAAGACAAAACAAAUUCUUCAGCUUCUUCACUCAUUUUAAAACCAUCAACAAUGUCAAAGAUCCUCAACCUUUAACAACAGCACCAACACCAGCACCUUUAUCAGCACCAACACCAGCACCUUUAUCAGCACCAACACAAGAACCUUCAGCAGCACCAGAAAUUGGAACAAGUAUACCAUCAGGGCCAGCACCAGAACCUGAAUUUUUAGACAAUGGAAAUAGUUAUGGCCUCUAUGGUAUGGAUUCAACCAAAGAGACUCCAACAACCUUUGAAAAUGAGCUUCUAAAUGAAGAUUUCAAUGACAAUAAAAGCUACAAAAAGGGUUAUCCUCAAACCAACUUCCACAACAACUACAACAAUGAAGUGUACACAAAAACCUACAACAGUGAAGAGUACAACAACAAUUAUGUGAAUGGUUACGAGAGGAAAGGAGAAGGAAUGAGUGAUACAAGGUUUAUGGAAAAUGGAAAGUACUAUUACAAUGUAAAUAAUGAAAAAGACAAUUAUAACCUCAAUGGGUAUGAAUCAGAGAGAGGAAGCAAUGAAAAUGAAGGUUAUAGCUAUGGAAAAAAUAAUCAGUAUCCAAAUGAGUUUGAUACUAUGGAAGAGUAUGAGAAGCAGCAAGAAGCACAAGGUUACACAUACACACCAUGAUUAAUUAAGUGUUGUUUUUAAUUAUAUACAUUUGGUUAAACAAUUAGAGUGAGAGACAUAUAAUGCACACACACAUUAGAAUGAAAAAUGGUAUGUAAUGAGAUUAUUGUAAUGCUUUAUUUUUCAAGUUUUAUGCAUCCUUGAUCUUGCAUAAUAUUCACUUAUUUUUAUUUUUACUUUCAUGUGUAAUGUGAGGUUUUAUCUUCUUCGGAAACUAUUUAACAUUUUGUUAAUGUAACAAGCUGAAAGAACAAGUUAUAUUUGUCAAAUAGUAUGUGAUCAAAUUUAUGUUUGGGAA